AUGGAAGAUUAUUAUCUACCCAAUUUCAUAUUCGAAUUUCCUAGUGAGAUCUUGCAAAGGAUUUUAUUCUUCGCCAUUAUCUUCCGCUUGAAGUAUGACAAGGAUAAUUAUGACGAGGAGUCUGUACGUGGAACCUCCAGGGUCCUGAACCUCCGACUUGUCUGCAAGGGAUUUGAUGCGUUGUUUCAAACUGCACUCUUCGAAACAAGACUUAUGGAUGACAUACGACCAUAUGGCACUUCCCUUGCAAGAGCAGGUACUCUGGAGUACUGGCCUUUAACCCGCAAGCGCAAGGCAGCCACUCAUAAACUGUGGCAUUCAUACCUAGUGUAUAGGGUGCUUAACGAAGUCGAUCCCAACGUGAAGCGAUACGUUGAGGUCCGGAGCAUAGCGAGUGCCAUCUGCUCUGAGAAUGGAGCGGACCUUCUUGAAACAAUCAAAGAGCUCUGUUGGUUAGGUCUUCCACAACAAUUAGGGAACGCUUGGCCGGUUCCGCACAGGCGAGUCUUGCGAGGGCCAGAUGCACUCACACCGAGAUCACGUCCGUUGAAAAACAACAGUCCUGAUGUGAGCCUACUUAGCGCUGCAGCUUAUCUUGGCUGUGUAUCUUUGACAAGACGCCUGCUCGAACGUGGAAACGAUCCAACAGAGCAUGACAUGCUCUUCCCGUGCCCCAUGGAAGCAGCUGCUCUGGCGGGACAAGUUGCUACACUGCAGCUUUGCCAAGCCAACGUUCCGUCGAGACAGGACAAGUAUCUUUUUUAUCACCCGAUGUUGGAGGAAGUCCCUCGCAUCAAGGGAACAUUUCCUUUCGCAAUUGCUGGCGCUGCCUCAAGAGGGGACAUGGACGUUCUAGAUAUAGCUCUACGUCUCGAUAGCACUGCAGAGGAUAUGCCAGCCCAUAGAGGAGUCUCAUUUGAGAUCUUACGCUUCGCUAAAACAUGGGAAGUUUUCUUGAAACUUCUGUCUUUCUUACCUCCUGAUUUCCUUGAGAGGAGAGAAAAGUCUACCGAGCCCCACGGCAGUGAACUUCUACUGCAUUUUGCCGACGUCGGAAAUUUUGAGAUUGCCAAGGGUCUCCUUGAUGCUGGUGCUCAUGCUCGGGGCCAUGAAUGGCAAUUAGGUAUGCAUCCGCUCUGGAUUGCGGCGAGGCAGGGAUACGAGGACAUAGUAGACCUCCUGCUAGAAUAUGGAGCAGAUGUCAACCGGUCUACCGUCCUCUACUGCAGUACGGUGGGUGCUGCGGUACGCUCGGGCAAUACCAGCCUUGUGAAGAACCUGCUGAGCAAAGGAGGAAAUUUCAAAGGAGAGGCACCUUGUGGUGCGCUCGUCGUGGAAAACGUCCCUAUGUUGGAACUUCUACUGGAUCACUUGGAUGCCGGGGCAAAUAUUUCUAUGGUUCUAAUCCGGGAACUACUUGAUUUGGCGUCAGAAAGGCAUUUGUUUUACAUGUAUUGGUUUGUCAUUGAAUAUACAAUGGACCAUGUGGACGUUGAAUUUGUAUUCAGUGAUUCCGAAGAUGAAGAUCUCUGA